AAAAAGAAGUCUCGUAAAGUCGAGUUGCAUAGAGAAGAUAACAGAGUUUUUAUUGAUAAUGGACUUGUUGAGGUAACUAUAGAGAAUCCUUCUGGUCAUUUAUCAGGAAUUAAAUAUAAGGGAAUGCUUAAUGUGCUUGAAACCAGAAACAAUAACAACAACAAAGGGUAUUGGGACAUUGUCUGGGAUAAUGAAGCCUAUGAUAAAUUAGCUACACAACACGUCAAGAUCAUUACAGAAACUGACGAGUUAGUUGAGCUUUCCUUCACCAAAAUGUGGGACAUAACAAAAGACCAUGGCAGUUCAGUUCCUUUAAACGUAGACAAAAGGUAUAUAGUACGACGAGGCGUUCCAGGCUUGUAUAUGUAUGGUAUUUUGGAGCGACAAGAAGAUUUUCCCGAUGCUCAUAUGUAUCAAAUAAGGAUUGCUUUUAAGCUCAAUGAAGACAAGUUUCAUUUCAUGGCGGUAUCAGACACGAAACAAAGGAUUAUGCCUAGCCAAGAAGAUCGAGAUGAGAGUCGCUGUCAAGUUCUAGCUUUCAAAGAAGCUGUUCUGUUGACGAAUCCAACCAAUCCACAACUUAAAGGAGAGGUUGACGACAAGUACCAAUAUUCGACUGAGAACAAAGACAACAAGGUUCAUGGGUGGAUAUCGGAUGAUGAUGCUGUCGGUUUCUGGGUGAUCACCCCUAGCAAUGAGUUCCGAACUGGUGGCCCGCACAAGCAGGACCUCACUUCUCAUGUUGGUCCCACAGCCCUCUCCAUGUUUGUUAGUACUCAUUAUACGGGGACGGAGAUGGACGUAUUGUAUAAGAAAGGAGAGACUUGGAAAAAGGUUUUGGGCCCUGUUUGUAUGUAUCUCAACUCAGCAUCUUGGGAUGAAGCUCGUCAUUAUCGCAAGGCGCUGUGGAAUGAUGCUAAUAGACAGUUGCGUGAAGAAAUCCAAAGUUGGCCUUACAAUUUCACUGCGUCAGAAGAUUUUCCUCAUGCUCAACAACGAGGAGAAGUUAAUGGUCAAUUGCUAGUGCGAGAUCAAAGCUUGGAUAAGCAACUAAUGCAGGCGAAAUCUGCGUUUGUGGGGUUGGCAGCGCCUGCAUAUGCAGGAUCAUGGCAAACGGAAGGAAAGGGCUACCAAUUUUGGACUCAAACAGACAACACUGGCCGUUUCACUAUAAAAAAUGUCCGACCAGGGGAGUAUAAUUUUUAUGCAUGGGUCUAUGGUUUCAUUGGAAACUAUAAAUUAAAUCUCAAAAUCACUAUCCAACCAGGAAACAAGAUCAACUUGGGUACCCUUAUAUACGAUCCUCCAAGAAAUGGCCCUACAUUGUGGGAAAUAGGGAUUCCCGACAGAACAGCUGCUGAGUUCUUCAUACCUGAACCAAAUCCAACAUUUGUUAACUCAAUCCUCAACCAUGACGCCGACAAAUUUAGACAAUACGGAUUGUGGGAUCGGUACUCAGAUAUUUAUCGUGACGGUGAUCUUGUCUUUACAGUUGGGGUUAGCAAUUAUUCUAAGGAUUGGUUCUUUGCUCAUGUUCCCAGGCUCAUAGGAAACGAGACAAGGGCAACCACAUGGCAGAUUAAAUACGAACUCCAGGAAGUGAACAAGGCAGGAAAUUACACGCUCCAACUGGCCUUGGCAGCAGCUUCCUAUGCUGAAGUUCAGGUUCGAAUCAACAAUCCCGAUGCUAAUCUACCUCAUUUUACGACGGAGAGAAUCGGGUACGACAAUGCAGUACCAAGACAUGGAAUUCAUGGAUUGUACAGAUUGUAUAGUAUAAAUGUGCCUGGAAAUGGAUUUCAGAGAGGGAAUAAUACGAUCUUUCUAACUCAGACAAGAUGCCAUGAUUCAUUCGAAGCAGUUAUGUAUGACUAUAUUCGGUUUGAAGGACCUGCUGUUUAAUCAAGUAGCUUGUCUUGUACUAAUAGGAAGUUGGUUUAUAUUCUUUUCUGGUAGUAAUACAUGAUCAGACUCAUCAAUCAAGUUAAA